AUGGCUACCCUCAUAAAAUGGGCUACCAAGGCGUUUCGCAGGCCCCCCUCCCCGCCUAUGUGUUUUCCCACCGGCGGCUUCGAAAUCGUCCGUGCCUCGGAGGUGCUGGAUGAGGAACGGUUUGAGCAUUUCAAGCAAGGGCAAUACUAUCCUGCUAAUAUUGGCGACGUACUUAAUUUGAAAUACCAAAUUGUUGGUAAACUUGGUUUUGGGACUACUUCUACUGUCUGGCUCGCUCGUGAUCUUGAAGGUCAUCAAUAUGUGACACUCAAAAUCUACACUCGUGAUGAAUGUAAUCGGGAAGAGUUCCAGAUUUAUAAGCAACUAAAUCAAGGGAGUUCAUGGCACCCUGGCUAUCCUCAUAUAAGGAAAGCACUGGAUAUUUUCACAAUCCCCCGUGCUGGCGGUGACCAUCCGUGUCUUGUUCAAAGACCGAUGUGGGAAAGCUUCAAGGACCUACUGUGUCGUAAUCCAAGCCACCGAUUCACUGAAGAUCUCCUCAAAUCCGGUCUCAUGCAGAUCUUCCUGGCACUUGACUAUCUGCACACUGAAUGCAAGCUCGUCCACACCGACAUCAAAAGCGAUAAUAUUCUCCAGGACAUAGAAGACAAGUCAAUCCUGGAAAGCUUUACCCAAGCUGAGCUGACGAACCCUUCUCCCCGUAAGAUCGUCAAUGGUUUGCCAGUAUAUGCUUCACGACGGUUCGAUUUGCCGAAGAUAUUUGGCCGAGCAGUUUUAAGUGAUUUCGGAUCUGCUGUGCAAGGAGACGAGAGGAGGAAUCACGAUGCACAGCCCAAUAUUUAUCGAUCACCAGAAGUCAUGCUAAAGACAGAUUGGAGCUAUCCCGUCGAUAUAUGGAAUGUUGGUGUUAUGGUGUGGGAUUUGUUUGAGGGAAGACAUCUUUUCCAUGGAAAUGACGCUGAUGGCAAAGGAUAUUCGACUCGGGCGCAUCUUGCAGAAGUCAUGGGCCUUCUAGGUCCACCUCCGUUAGAUAUGCUCCAACGCGGAAAACGAAGUCAUGAAUUCUUCACCGAGGAUGGGCAAUGGAAGCAAGACAUUGAGAUCCCGAGAGAAGCUAGUUUAGAACUGUCGGAAGAGUUCCUCGAGGGAAAGAAUAAGGAGAUGUUUAUAGCUUUCAUGAGAGGGAUGCUUCAGUGGCGGCCUGAAGAUAGGAAAACAGCGAAGGAUCUUCUCCAGGAUCCGUGGCUGAAUGAUUAG